AUGCACGUCCUAGCCCAGGAAUCACAAUGUGGAUUUGGGGGAUGGAGGCCUAAUUGGUUACAACGUUUUGCUACCAAACAAUGUAUGCUCUUCCUGAUGUGCUGGUACUGUACGGUACAAGGAUUAAUCGUCAACGGAUUGAUACCAUCUUCGAUUUCAUCGAUUGAACGAAGAUUCAAAUUCCCUACGAGUACAUUGGGGCGAAUUAUGCAGUUUUAUGACUUUGGCUAUGUGUUAUUUUGCAUUCCGGUUUCGUAUUUUGGGGGCCGCCAUUCUAAGCCAGCGGUGCUUGCUGGUGGCUUGUUCUUGAUGUGUAUCGGGUCCUUUUUGUUUUCAACCCCUCACCUCAUUGCCGAUUCAUAUACGGGUGGAAACGGCGGUGAUGAGAGCUAUGGGAAAUGCUUAAUUCCCCUUGCCUUCACGGAAAAUUCUUCAGAAUCUGUAGCCUCCGCCGCGGCAAGUCGGCAAUGCCCAGCUCCGGAAAAUCAACCUGGAACAUUUCGCUACACUUUUCUCUACUGCAUGGCUCAUUUUCUUCACGGCAUCGGUGCUACGCCACUUUUUACAAUUGGCGUAUCGUACAUUGAUGAAAAUGUGGGCCCGGCCACCUCCUCGUUAUUUGUUGGAAUUUUCUACGCUUUUGCCAUCUUCGGACCGGCCCUCGGUUUUCUUAUCUCCGGUCAUUUCCUACAGUAUCACACCGAUUUCUACCAUCUACCACCAGAGCAAUUUUUGAAAGUGAAUACGCUGGAAGAAACGGACCCAAAAUGGGUGGGCGCCUGGUGGCUUGGCUUCCAGCUGGCAGCGUUAAUCGGGGCAUUGGCCAUAUUCCCAAUUUGCUCUCUACCAAAAGUGCUGCCAGAAUCUCUCAAAUGGCAUAGAUCGAGACUACGAAAUGAAACUUUAACGGGCGGAUCGAAAAAGAAGACUCCAGAAUGUUGCGGUGUUCCCGCCAGUGGAAAAACGGCGGCUUUAACUGGGGAAUUUUUGAUUGAUGAAAAAGCAGCCUCAAAUGCCCUUCAUGACUCGAUGCCUGCCGUGACAGCCCCCAGAAAGGGACCACUCUGGUAUCAACUAUGGCUGGAUGUCAGACACAUUCCCAUUGCCAUCUAUAACAUCUUGUUAAAUGCUCCUUUUAUGCUGAUCACAUUAGCCAUGGGAAUCGACGGCCUCGUCGUCACUGGCGCCAGCUCAUUCAUGCCAAAGUAUCUGGAACGACAGUUCAACGUAGCGCCCAGCAAAGCUAAUGUCCUAAUCGGUUCAAUCAUGGUACCAAUGGCUGGAAUCGGAACUAUGGUAUCAGGGUUCAUCGUGCAACACUUUCGAUUAAGCUGCUGUCAAACCAUUAAAUUUUCCAUUUGUCUGCUCGCUCUUUCGUUAUUGUUAACCCCAAUGUACUUGAUCUACUGUGAUCAUGAUCCAUUGGUUGGAGUUGAGCAGCACUAUCCCGGCAGCAAUUUCACCGACCAAACCCCGCUCUCCCUCUACAACCAAUGCAAUGCAAAUUGCGAUUGUCUGGAGGCAGAGUACCAUCCGGUAUGCGCUGAAUUCGACGACGGUACCCAAAUCUCCUACUACUCUCCAUGUUUUGCCGGAUGUGAGCAACCAUACCAAACAGCACGAAAGUUUUAUACGAACUGUACCUGCGUACCGAUGAACACCAAAGGAAACCCGAGACAGGUCAAAAAGGGAUUCUGCGAAUCAAAAUGCUCGGGACUCUUCGGAUUCCUCGGCUUCUUCGUUCCCUUAUCUUUCUUCACAUUUGCCGUUGGCGUUCCGUUGAUUUCUGUAGUCCUCAGAACCGUGCCUUAUGCCGAACGAUCCUUUGCCCUUGGAAUCCAAUGGAUAUUGGUGCGAUUGAUUGGUACCAUCCCGGCGCCAGUUUUGUUUGGGUGGAUGUUCGAUAUUAGUUGCAUACAGGCGAGCAAAGAUGAAUGUUCGGGAGAGUCUGGAAGUUGUAUGCUAUAUGUUAAUAAGCUACUGGCCGACUUGUUCCUGACAUUUUCUAUUGUCGGCCAGGUCAUCGCCAUGGUGCUUCUCGUUCUAGUACUAAUGAUGUUCGGCAAUCAAUUGAGAGAUGAAGUCCUACCUACGGACGCUGAAGUUGAAGCCAAUCAAAUAAUCCCGGAACUUGAACACAGCGAUAUUCCGGAAAAAGAGCCUCUAAACGUCGUCCGCGAGGAU